CGGCUCUCAGUUUCAGCCGAGACUUCCACAAGACAAGACUUCCGAUGAAUUCUUCAUAAAAAACUGCAUUAAGAGUUCAAUGCGAAUGUAAAAGAAAAACUGGCUCAUACCUUGACGGGGUAUUCGACACAGACAAAGACAAACACACAAGCAAACAAAAAAGUGCAUAAAUUCGCGUAUUUAACAAAGACACUGCAAAAACAAAGUGAUUCAAAACAGAGUUCAUUGCUCGCCGCAAGAGAACCGAACCCUAAAAGAGAGAAAAAGACAGAGAAAGAGAGACAACACAGUGAAACGACCUCGCACAACGCGCGCCAAUAGCGAAAAGGAGAUAGACAGAGAUUUCGAUUACCACCCACAAGGAAAACCUUUUAGACACCUUUUUCCAUUAUGGAUGUUUGGGGCUUUUGUGUCAGCGAUUCGACCAUGUCGUAUGGCGGGUCCAUGCGCAGCGGCUAUUACCGCGACUACGAGCAGUUCCCGUAUGGCACACUGGAGUCCUCCAGCACAGCAUCCUCCUAUGCCGUCAAGGAUUCCUACAGUCGCGUCCAAGAGAAAUUCAAGCAAACAAAAACCGAGAAACAGCUGCGAAAGGAUUGCCCCUUCUGCAAGGAGCACAAGAAGCGGCCACUCAUCAACUACAUGCGUAAGCGGCAGCAGAGAAAGCACCAUGACAGCAUCUGUGAGGAUGAGGAGGAGAUGCAUGAGCAUGAGCACGAGCACGAGGAUGAGGGGAUGCAGCAGCAGCAGCAGACCCCAACGCUGGCGUCAGUCCUGCCCACGCAGCAGAGCUGCAAGGUGUGAGAGAGACACACGAGGAACAGCGAGUGAGGGAGAGAGCGAGACAACUACACAGUACAGACGGAUACGACAGAAAAAGCCAAACAAAAACAACAAUUGCAAUUCGCAAUGCCAUAUUUAACUGUAAAAAGGAAAAAGCAAAAACAAACAAACACACAAAAGAAAUGGCCCUGCCUGUGCAAGCGGCAAGCGACGAGCGAGCAAGCGAGACAACUAUAAUAAUCAAAAUGCAACUGUACCCUUCCCACAGUGGCGCUCCAGCAUUUCCGCGUCUGAUGACGAUGACCGACACACACAAAAUACACUACCAUUUACAAGUGAAAACAAGCCCGAAAAAACUUGAUACCAAUUUACAAGAACGUUUACUCUUAUUAUUAUGUCCCCCCUAUACUCUUCGUCUUAUAUAACAUUUUUUUUUUUAACCUAAAAAGAAAAGGAAAAACAACCAAAAGCCUGCCUGCUCCCCUCCGCUUUGACCUUAGGCAAAACGAAAAAAAAAACGUGUGAAAAAAACAAGAGAAAAAAAAUACAGUACACAUUUACAUAACAAGGGAAGCAAAAAAGAUGUUACCAGAAAACCAUGAAAAAUAAUUUUCUAUUUUGCGUACACGAGACUGAAGUAGAAAAUGUUUAAGCAACAGAUAAAAUUUGUGUUUAGUUUUUCCUAUAAUUUCGCCCAAAAUUGGAUCAGUUACAGGAAUAAUCUACGCGUAUAGCUACAUAUAUAUUUAGAAAACCAACAAACGAAAAAUCGGAAGAAGAAAUGCUUCAUUGGCGCCAUUUAUACGAGUAUAUAUGCUUUGGACCCCCGACUUUUUAUUAUAUCCUUGUCUAUAUUAGACAUUCCUAUGUAUUUAUUGUAACAGAACAAAAAAACAAAACCAAACUGAUCAUUGCACAGUUUUUUUUUGGGUCAUAAUAUAUUAAUGUUGAAAAUGUUUCAGAAAGUUUAUGCAAAGUUAAACAAUGCUUUUUUUGUUAUUACAAGUACCGAGAAAUAAACUAAAACAUAAAAUAUAAUAUAUGUACUGUAUACGUAUUACUUAAAGUUCAGACCCCAAAAUACUGUGCAAAUCAACAGACGGAACGAUUA